CGAGGCUAUAAAUACGAGGUAGUUGAGAGGAGAAUUGGACAUUGGGCACAAGAAGUAGAUGUGGGGGAAAGCAUGAAGGGUCAUGAGCCCCGUUCAUCUUCUUCUUGUGCAGCUUGCAAAUUGUUGAAAAGAAGAUGUACUCCCAAAUGUAUAUUUGCACCCUACUUUUGCUCCGAUGAGCCUUCCAAAUUUGCCAAUGUUCACAAGGUAUUUGGAGCAAGCAAUGUGAGCAAGAUCCUCACUGAAGUACCGGAGGAGCAACGCGAGGACACCGUGAAUUCACUGGCGUAUGAGGCCGAGGCAAGGCUUCGGGACCCGGUUUAUGGUUGCAUUGGUGCCAUAACUUCGUUGCAAAGAAAGAUGGUUGAGCUCCAGCAUGACCUCGCCAUUGCUAGAGCCUGUCUUGCUCGCUAUGCUGCUUCUUCAUCAUCAUCAGCCUCAUCUUGUUCUUCUUCUCUUGUCUGGGAUGAUCACGUUAUCAUGCCUCCUUACCCUGAUGUUCCCGCUUGCAAUGGCCUGAAUUAUAGUUUCAGCCAGACUUCAUCUGAUUUGACCCAAUAUGGACCGGUCAAUGAUUUUGGCCACAGCCCUUAUGUAUUAUGAUCUUUGAUCUUUCUCUCUCUCUCUCUCUCCCCCUCUCUCUCUCAUGGAAAUCUUGCCUUCACAGAUAUGUUCUUAACGGGAAGAUCAAGUAAAUAUCCUAUGCCAAUUAAAGAAACUCCGAGCAUAUGGAAGCAGAAAUUGAUACAAAUCUUGAUUAGCCAGAGUGAUCUCGUGCAAUUCAGCUGCUGCAAAGCAUUGCUUGAUUUUCUUUGAAA